AUGGGCUCAUCUUACGCACACACUGUGAGCGAUCCCACUGAUAUGCUUGCCACACUGCAAAACCAGAUGGAGGCUGUUAAGAAUAGCGUACAUCUAGCGUUCGACAAGUCUAUGGAUAAAUACUUAGCAGAGUAUGAGACGCUAGACACCCAGGCCCGUGCUUCGGACCCAGAUACACCAUUAAAGUACCGACUCACAGCAGCAAAGAUGCUUGUAAGCGCUGCCUACGUAUACCUUGACACGCUUUGGAUGUAUCUUAAGACGCAAGGUGUGGAUCCUACGACACAUCCAGUUCAUUCAGAGCUUGAACGAGUGCACUCCUACUUUGCCAAGUUGAAAGGUGUCUCAUCCAAUACAAAGGAGAAGACUUCCCAAAAGAUUGAUGUUGACGCUGCAAAAAGAAUGGUACACGCUGCUGCCUCGUUAGGAAAGCACACACGCUUUGACGAGGAGAAAUCGCACCCACCAGUUCAGCAGCCACCAUCACAAAAUGAUGUGCAUGAAGAGCCUGUGCAGAGUGCUCCUAGCAAGAAGAAAAAGAAGCUUCUAAGCCGACAAGCCAAACCUUCGAAGAAAAAUCCAUAG